AUGGAGGAGGUGUCGGCAGCCCUGGCCCAAAUGCAGCCAGACCUCAUCUGUCACAUCUGCCUGGACUACAUCAAUGACCCCGUCACCAUCGACUGUGGCCACAGCUUCUGUGACUCCUGCAUCCGCAUGUCAUGGAAGGACCUGCAGGACACAAUCCCUUGUCCCGUGUGCCGGCAGUCCCGCCAGGAGAUUCGCGUUAGUGCCAACGCCCAGCUGGGCAGGCUGGUGGAUCUGGCCAUGCUCCUCCAGAGCUCUGGGAGCAGCGAGAUGGCACGGGCAGAGAAGGGCAGGUGUGAGGAGCACAGACAGGGAGUGAGCCUCUUCUGCGAGGAUGACCAGAAACUGGUGUGUUCUCUGUGUGCCCAGGGCCCUGCCCACCAGGGCCACCACAUCAGGUCCUUGGCUGAGGCAGCGGCUCAUCACAGACAGAGGCUCAGCGGCUGCAUCGAGUCCCUGAAGAAGCAGCUGGCAGAGGUGCAGAAGCGAGAUGUCGCCCAAGACAGAAACCUCCUGCAGCUGAGAGCGGACGUGGAAAAGCACAGAAGUCGGCUGGCCUCGGAAUAUGAGCAGCUCACCCAGUUUGUGGAGCACCUCAGACGGGAUGUGGCCGAGCGGAGCAUGAUGUCCGAAGAGAUGGUGCUGAGGGGCGUGAGGGGCCUGCAGCAGCGCUUGGCAGGCCUGCAGCCCCCGACCGUGCAGCCCCUGCGCUUCAGCCUCCCUCCUCUGUGCUCGGCGCUCAACAGCAUCAUCCGGAGAUUCCGAGAGCGCAUCAGCCUGGACCCCAACACGGCCCACCCCAGCCUGCGCAUGUCCCAGGACCUCCAGUCGGUCACCUGCGUGAGGAAGAGGUCCAAAGGGGAUGGGGACCCCGAAUCCUGUGAUGACACCACCCAGCUGGUGUUGCUGGGCCGGGAGGGCUUCGCCUCUGGCCGCCACUACUGGGAGGUGCAGGUGGGCGCCAAGCCCGAGUGGGCCGUGGGCGUGUGCAGCGUCGCCCCUUCGGCCCAGGCCUCGCGUUCCCUGGAGGCUCCCAAGAGAUGCUGGACGCUGCAGCUGCUGGACGGCGACUACCUGUCCGUGGGCACAGCGGCCGUGCCUCUGGCUCUCAGGGACCAACCCGUGGCCAUUGGCGUUUACCUGGAUUGGGAGCUGGGCCAGCUUUCCUUCUACAACGCUGCCGACAGGUCUCACCUGCACUCGUUCACCGAGCCCUUUGCUGAAGAGCUCAAGCCGUACUUCCGCGUGGGGCCGGACUGUGCCCCUCUGUCUGUGGACUCGGGGAGGGCAGAGGAGGGGUGA